AUGUUUAAGCGCAUUAUUAAAAACAGUAUAUUUGUUCGACACACUGCUUUUGUACCUGCUUAUAAAGCUCCCGUCCAAGAAGAUUUUGAUAAGCUAAGAGAAUUUCUCAUCAAAAAUAAACAGCUUCUUAUUCUCACUGGAGCUGGUAUAUCUACAGAGUCAGGUAUACCAGAUUACAGAUCAGAGGAAGUAGGAUUGUAUGCACGAAGUAAUCAUAAACCAAUUCAAUACCAGGAGUUUGUGAAAUAUCCUAGAGUCAGACAGAGAUAUUGGGCAAGAAAUUUUGUAGGCUGGCCCAGAUUUAGUGCUGUGAAGCCUAAUGCAACACAUCAUGUUAUUAGAGACCUAGAAAAGAUAGGAAAAGUAUCUUCAGUGGUUACACAGAAUGUUGAUAGACUCCAUCAUAAAGCGGGUUCAGAAAAUGUUAUUGAACUCCAUGGAACGGGUUAUAUUGUUAAAUGUUUAAAUUGUCCAUAUGAAAUAGAUCGUUUUAAGUUGCAAGAUAUAUUAAUGAAAAACAAUCCCGGUAUGAAAAGCAGCUUUGAUAUGAUAAGGCCAGAUGGAGAUGUGGAGCUAUCCAAAGAACAAGUAGAAAAUUUCAGGACCCCUCUCUGUCCAGAAUGUGAAGGGCCUUUAAAACCUGAUAUAGUAUUCUUUGGAGAUAAUGUACCAAAGCAAAGAGUGGAACAAGUUAGGAACGAAGUUAGUUGUAGUGAUGCUGUAUUUGUACUUGGUUCAAGUUUAACUGUGUACUCAAGUUAUAGAAUAAUUCUCCAGGCCAAAGAAGAAGGGAAAGAAGUUGCCAUUUUAAAUAUAGGUCCUACAAGAGCAGAUGACUUAGCAGAUCUUAAGGUUUCAACAAAGUGUGGUGACAUACUAGUAGAUAUAUGCAAAACAAUUAUAUAA